AUGGAAUCAGUGCGUAAAGCCAAGCAGAGACUACGCAACUAUCCCGUGCUACUGGGUAAAUGCGCUGAUAAAGCAACAGUCUAUGCCGCAUGUGUAACACGAGAUUUAAAUGUGCAGCAUCAUACUUGCGAUAAGGAAUUUCAACAGUUCAGUGAAUGUUUACAGAAGGCAGCCAAAGAAAUGAAAACUAAAUUGUAA